ACUUUUUAAAAUAAAUUGACCCUAUAAACUAUUGAUAAUUUGGUGGCUUUUCAACUUAAUUAAAGGUUAAACCUCCUUAUGAAUCAUGAAUACUAAUAAGUAAUAAUAAUUUUGCUAUGGAAAUUCAGUUGGUUCCAAUGAAAAGUAAAGAUAGUUGAAGAAGUGGGUGAAACCUGCGGAAAAAGAACAGCAUGCUAGAUUCUGCAACUUCCUAUGUUUCUGACUCUUUACUUGAGGAUGUUCCUCACUUGUCUGAUUACAUCCCUGAUCUUCCUACAUAUCCUGACCCAUUACAAGAUAAUCCUUCUUAUGCAGUUGUCAAACAGUAUUAUGUGAAUCAAGAUGAUACCGUUGCGCAACAGAUAGUUGUUCAUAAAAAUAGUUCAAGAGGGACACUUUUUCGACGUGCUGGACCUGCUCAGAAGGUAUAUUUUGAUUCAAAGGAAGUGUAUGCUUGUAUUGUUACAUGUGGUGGUCUUUGUCCUGGUUUGAAUACAGUGAUUAGAGAAUUAGUUUGUGGAUUAUACCAUAUGUAUGGAGUGCACAAAGUUUUGGGAAUUGAGGGUGGAUAUAGAGGUUUUUACUCGAGAAAUACAAUUCCUUUAACACCAAAGAUUGUCAACGAUAUCCACAAACGCGGUGGAACCAUUUUGAAGACAUCGUAUGGAGGACAUGAUACCUCAAAGAUUGUCGACAGUAUUCAGGAUCGAGGCAUUAAUCAGGUUUAUAUACUCGGAGGAUUCGGAACUCAAAACGAAGCAGCUAUGAUUUUUGAGGAAAUUAGAAGACGAGGAUUGAAAGUUGCAGUGGUUGGAAUUCCGAAAACUAUUGAUAAUGAUAUUCCUGUUAUUGACAAGUCAAUUGGUUUUGACACUGCUGUUGAAGAGGCACAAAGAGCUAUUAAUUCUGCUCAUGUUGAAGCAGAGAGUGCUGAGAAUGGUAUUGGUGUUGUGAAGUUAAUGGGGCGUUGCAGUGGAUUUAUAGCCAUGUAUGCAACUCUUGCAAGCCGGGAUGUGGACUGUUGUUUGAUUCCGGAAUCACCGUUUUACCUUGAGGGACCAGGUGGAGUAUUGGAGUUCAUUGAGAAAAGACUGAGAGAACAAGGACACAUGGUUAUAGUAAUAGCGGAAGGUGCAGGUCAGGAGCUAAUUCUUCCUAGUGACAAAUCUAAUAAGAAUAGGCCAGAUGCUGCUUCAGAUGACUUGUUUCAUGAUGUUGGUCUUUGGUUAUCUCUGAAAAUUAAGGAUCACUUUGCAAGAAGUAAAAAAAUGGCUAUAAAUUUGAAGUACAUUGAUCCUACUUACAUGAUUCGUGCUAUUCCAAGUAAUGCAUCUGAUAAUGUGUUUUGCACCUUACUUGCUCAAAGUGCCGUCCAUGGUGCAAUGGCUGGAUACACAGGCUUCACAGUUGGCCCAGUUAAUGGCCGAAACUGUUACAUUCCAUUUCAUCUUAUAAAUGAGGGGCAGAAGAGGGUUGUGAUAACAGACAGGAUGUGGGCAAGGUUACUGUCCUCCACCCAUCAGCCCAGUUUUGUGAAUCCUCUACAUAUCACAGAAGAAGCAAAAGCAGAAUGAACAGAACACAUCAGAAGUAGAAGAAAGUGUGUUAAGUCAUAGUUAUAAAUUAUAAUAAUGCCUUUAAAAUUGGCGAGUUACUUCAGCAAAUUUAAUGCUUGUAACAACAAAUUACAUAAUUGACACAAGACAAACAAAACUAUAGUAUAUCUAUAUUUACAAACUUCUGAAAGUGUCAAAUUGUACAUCUUACAAAACAAAGAGAUCUGCACAAUUUUAGCAGCUUGUUUUAAUUGUAUUUAUCUACUGAAUACUACAUUAAUAAACUCCUUCAGAUUCUUGCA